UUUAAAUCCAUAAGUACUUUAGAGGAAAUAUUUUUAUUUUAUGAAAACAUGAAUUCUUGAAUUUAAAUUUAUACCUAGAUUGAUCUUGUCUUUUGUUUGAUUCCACAGAUCUUUGGAAUGAAAAUUGAAAAGGGAAGGAAAUCCCCCGUGAGGAUGGUGCAAAACCAAAAGUUCGAUGUAGAAAAUGAAGGGAAAAAGGGAGAAAAUCUAAUGCUGAACAAAAAAUUCGAUGAAGACACAAACACAAAAAAGAAAAAGGAUCUAUACGACUUUGUUGAGAAGACAAUACUCAAUGAGGAAGCUUCAAAACCUGGAGCAACUAUAGAUAACAUGUAUGACAAUGCUGGGAUUGGUGUGUCUUCUAGAUCUAAACGUGUUCAUAUAUCAACUUCAGAACCUGCUAAGAAAGAUGUCCAGACCUCCCUUCAACAAAAUGAUAUUGUGCAAAGCCCAUCGCAAGAAAAACGACAAAAGAUGGCUCUUGGAGGUAACAGUCGUCCACCAGCUACACAGCCUCCUACAAAAGCUUCUGCACAGUGGAAAGAUCCUCCAAAUGUUGAAAAGAAUGAUGAACUCCAGAGAUUGAUUAUUAUUCCCGAUGGAUUGGGGUUUUAUCCUUCUAGUCAGUCCGCGAAGGCUAUGGUUGAAUCAAUGUGUUCGGUUUAUAACGAACCAUGGAGGUACUGGAAAGAGGUUCCGUUGAACAUUAGAGAGAGAAUGUUUGAUGAAUUCAAGAUGAAGUGUGCAUGGUCUCUCGACCAUGAGGCAAAGAUACGAGAACUUUUUUUUCGAAAAUGUUCUCGUAGGUUGAGUGAUUUGCUUUGGCAUGCUCGAAAACAUGAUAAGAGGCCAUCAUGGAUUCGUGAAGAUAUAUGGAAAAAAUUGAAUGAGUAUUGGACCUCUCCAGAGUUCAAAAAAAAAAUACGGUGGAAAAGGAAGCCCAAACAUCUGUUCUACCCUGUUCUCCUCAGCCUUCCGAUAAGGAGGAGUAAGGUUCCGACACUCAGUAUCCAGUUUGCAGUUAAUUAAUACUAUCUCCCGUGAGCGGCAAUUGAGUUGGUGAGUCCUCAUCUUUCUGAGGACAACAAUUAUAUUUCCUUUCAGUCAUACUUUCUAUUUCAGACAAUUGGAGUUAGCUAGGGGUUUGUCCUAGCAACUCAUAUUAGUAGAGAUUUUUAGACAAGUUAGAUUAGAUUUAGCUAUGUGUACUAAGAUAUUCGUCUAUUGAUAUUUCUAGACUUUUU